AAAGUUUACUGGUUUAUAUUUGUAACGUUAAAACAAAUGGCGACUUUUAAAGUGCUUUCUGUUUUGAUGGUUUUUAAAACAUUAUGUAGAGCGGGUGGUUCUAUGUCCCUAUGGAAUGAAGUCUCAGACAUAUGUUUAUCGGCUAGUUCUUCGCCAGUAUUUGAAGAUUUUUCACGAUCACAAAAGUGCAUUUUUAACUCAACGUAUAAUUUAAGUGACCGAGACUUGAUCCUGAAGUGGUACAAGUCUAAUGUUAGCAUGCUAACACACUGUCCAGAGCUACUGGAAUGUGGAGCCGUAUAUCCAUUGUGGUUAAAUGGUAGUAUACCAAUGGAAUCGGAUGGUGCUGUUAACAGGACCGUUUGUAGACGUGGGAGAAGAGUGACAGAAUGCUGUGAUAAAACCUAUGAUAUUAGAAUAAAAAACUGCAGCACAUUCAUAGCCUACUGUUUAGUGCCUGCUACAGACAGAGAAGAAAGAUACUGCUUUGGUGAAAAUAAAACUUGUGAAGUUCCACCCAUGACAGAAUACAACAGCGCCGGCUCAGUGGGAGACGGCAACAUGGAGGAUGAUGCUACGACUAUGGCGGUGGUAAUCGUCUCCUUUACUUUAAUCGGCGCCAUAUUGAUUGUUGCCUUUUUACUUAAAUAUUUCACAUUACGGGAGUUGCCAUGUUCAUUUCAACAGAAAAUCUAGCAUAGAAAACAAAAGAUAUUGCCUCUUAAGCUCAUGUGAUAUGAAGUGAAUGGAUUGAGUUUAAUAAAUUCAUUUUGUACCUAUUUAGGACAUAUGAGAGAGAGACAGAGAGACAGAGAAUUACCAUCGUGGUGAUUUUAGCUUUUGUAAUUUUUUAACCACAUUUUUAAACCUGUUAUGAUAUCAACAAUAUGUUUAAAAGAAAUUGUUCACAUAGAUAUUUAACCAGAUGAACAAUGCAAAAAUAUCUGCAUAAUUAUAAAAAAUGUGAUUCAAGAGAGCCAAGUUAUGAAUAUUAUAACAACUUAUUUGUGUGAUAU